AGCAUCCUUGCACCUGAAAGAACUGAGCCUGGCAGAAGACUGCAUCUCAGCUGGAGAGAAGAACAGAGGCCAGGGGCUAGGUCACAGAAGGAAGGAGCCGGCAAGGUGCUGGGGGCAGAGCAGUUGGUUCUCAAAUAAGCAGUGGCCAUCACCAUGGGCACAAGCCUGGCCUGGUCCUUCUUCCCCGGCGAUCACUGGCUCUACUUCUCCGUGUACCUUUUCACCUUCCUCGUGGGGCUCCCCCUCAACGUGGUGGCCCUAGUGAUCUUCGUGGGCAAGCUGCGGCGGCGCCCGGUGGCCGUGGACGUGCUCUUGCUCAACCUGACCCUCUCAGACCUGCUGCUGCUGCUCUUCCUGCCAUUCCGCAUGGUGGAGGCCGCCAGUGGCAUGCGCUGGCCCCUACCCUUCAUCUUCUGCCCCUUCUCUGGAUUCCUCUUCUUCACCACCAUCUAUCUGACCUCCCUCUUCCUGGCAGCUGUAAGCAUCGAGCGCUUCCUGAGCGUGGCCUACCCGCUAUGGUACAAGGCCCGGCCGAGGCCUGGACAGGCCGGCCUGGUCAGCGGGGCCUGCUGGCUCCUGGCCGGCGCUCACUGUAGCGUGAUCUACGUCAUUGAAUUCUCAGGAAACUCCUCCUACAGCCAGACUAGCAACGGCACCUGCUACUUGGAAUUCCAGGAGAACCAGCUGGCUAUUCUCCUGCCCGUCAGGCUGGAGAUGGCUGUGGUCCUUUUUGGGGUACCCCUGCUCAUCACCAGCUACUGCUAUGGCCACCUGGUGUGGGUGCUCAGCAGGGGAGCCAGCCACCGGCGGUGGAGGAGGGUGCUUGGGCUUGUGGCAGCCACCCUGCUCAACUUCCUUGUCUGCUUUGGGCCCUACAACGUGUCUCAUGUCGUGGGCUACAUCCGGGGCGAAAGCCCGGCGUGGAGAAGUUACGUGCUGCUUCUUAGCACCCUGAACUCCUGUGUCGACCCCCUUGUCUUCUACUUCUCCUCAUCUGGAUUCCAGGCUGACUUUCAGGGGCUGCUGAGAAGGCUGACGGGGGGCUGGGGCGCUUGGAGGCAGGAGGGCAGCGUGAAGCUGAAGGAGAAGAACGAGGAGGGGCAGCCGCGGGAGCUGUCCAACAUAGCGAGAAGGUAGUGGACUCCCGGAGGGCUGUGGAGCAGGCGGCUGGGCGGCCCGGCAGGUCCUAGCUGGAGUCAGGCAGGACGGGGGAGUGGGGGGCUGGGGGCUGAUGAGGCCGGGGCAGAGGAGGCACCCAGCCUUCCCAAGGCUGUGCCCACCCAAGCCCAGCUCUCAUUCUUACCCAACUGCCCUCCUUUCCCAUCCUCCUCUCCAACCCCCCCCCCCCCGCCCGAGGCCAUGGAUUCAGCCCUGGGAGAUAGUCAAGAUGAGAGUCUGCACUGGAGAAAAAAGGGGGUUCCCUUGGCUGCAGGCCGGCUCGUGUGCUUUUCGGAGGGUAAAGGAGGAGUUGAGAGCAGUGACCAGGGAAAGAGGGAGCUGCCUGGUGGCUUGGAACAGGAAGGGAAGAAGCCACCCUUCAGAGCUGCUCUUAUCUGGCAGGUCAAGAGUGGGUACACAAGACCCCAGGCCUGAGGGAGCAUCCUGCUUUCAUGUGGACUUUUCCAGAAAGUUUCCAUUGUUCAGUAAAUUCAGAUUUUUAGGGACAUUUAUGAAAAAUGACAGAAGAAAAAUUACUUAAAUAAAUCUGGUAGCAAGUAAG